AUGAACCUCCUCAUCCUCCUCCUCACCACCCUCCCACUCGCCCUCUCCUCCCCUGCCGCUUCCCCAUCAGACCUCUCAGCUCGUCAAAACACCGGCUGCUACUGCGGCGUCCUAACGGGCACAUCCUGCGGAUCACGCACGUCGACGGGGUUCUCGCUGUCCGGAAGCUGCAACGCGAAUUACGUGUAUGAAUGCACGGAACAAUUUGGAAAUGCGCGGGUGAAGAGCCAGUGUUUGAUUUGUAAUUCGGGGGGUCAGGAUGGGUUUGAUGCUUGUUUGUUGGGGUUGGGGUUGCCUGGGGGGAAGUAG